AAUGUUGGUAGAAUUUUGUCUUUAACAUGGAGGCCAAACCAAACAUAAUUACUGACUAGAUUGGUAAGGCCACCAAUUUGAUUUCUACGUAUAGCCAAAUGUUUGAAGAAUGCAUCCCCAAAAAGUUAUAUUUUAAAUAAUAUGCACAAUACACAUUAAUAGUUGUAGUGCCCCCCAGGUUUGUUUGGGCUGGGGCUGAGAGUGGACCCGUAUCGUGAGGGGAGAUUGUGCUUCCUGUGCUUGUUGUAACUUGUAACUCAUCGUGGAAGACGGCUUACUUACUUGCAUCAGGUGGGCUGAAGCAGGUCUUUUAUAGUGUCCAGUAUUUUUAGGCAAACCUAAACCUAGGGUUCCUUCUUUAGGCCAAAUUAACACCGAAGUGAUUAAAUAUUUGAGACAAAGCGAUAAGAGAAACGCGAGACCCAAACUUCCCUUUGUUGCAGUUAUUACCGGCAAGGUGCUACCUCUUAGUAUUUGAGCUGUUUUCUAGGAAGGAAUCCACGUGAAAACUCGCUUAUUUAUCCUGGAAGAAUCUGCCUUGGCUGGUAGCCACAGAGUUUCUCCCGUGGCUGAGAAUGCCGGCACUAAGCUUGGAAUCUGUAUCAAUGGAAGCAGGUACGCGUUCCUGGGUAACUAAUGGCAACCCUGGCCUCCCGGAUGUGACGUCAACGUUCCUCCUGUUCCGUCUACCGACGGAACUCCGAGCUCCCGGAUUUCGCGGUUGUGUACGUGGAAGAAGUCAGCGCAUGCGCAGUCCGGGCCCGUCGUCUCAGCUGUACGGAAAGGGCUGGGGUAACCUCCCGGGCUGGGGGGAGCCUGUCGAGGUCAUGGCCGCCCGCUGACAGGGCUCGCCGAGUGGAGAAGGGGGCGAGGGCGUACCGCUGCACCCUUCCCCGGGCCUGAGGCCCGUCGGCCUGGCCCUCGGCCUUCCCGCUUGGUGCUGCCGCCGCCACUGCCGGCUGAGGAGUGGAGAUGAGUUGGUUCAACGCCUCCCAGCUCUCCAGCUUCGCUAAGCAGGCCCUGUCCCAGGCCCAGAAGUCCAUCGACAGGGUGCUGGACAUCCAGGAAGAGGAGCCGAGCGCCUGGGCCGAGACCAUUCCAUACGGAGAGCCGGGAAUAAGUCCUUCUGUCAGUGGAGGAUGGGAUACUUCAACCUGGGGGUUAAAAUCAAGCACUGAACCUCAGAGUCAACCGGUAGCCUCUCCUAAAGCGAUUACAAAGCCAGUUCGGAGAACUAUGGUAGAUGAAUCUGAAAAUUUCUUCAGUGCCUUUCUCUCUCCAACGGAUGUCCAGACCAUCCAGAAGAGUCCAGUGGUAUCAAAACCGCCAGCUAAAUCACAGCGACCAGAAGAAGAAGUGAAAAGCACCUUACAGGAAUCCUUGCACACUGGACAGUCAAGAACAGCUGAAACAACUGAGUCAAAAGUUAAAGAUUCUUCUCCCUGUGUUGUAUCGAAGGAAACUCUGGCAGUAGAUACUCCAUCACCUAAAACAGAGGGCAAGUAUGAAGAAACUGUUAAUAAAGAAUCUGAUAUGAAGGGGUCAACCAUACCUUUGAAAGUAUCUGAAAGUGUAAUUACUGUGAAAACCACUAGGGAAAAUGUGUCUAAUAUGUCUACACGGUCUCUCACAGCAGAAACAAAGGACAUGGCUUUGGAACCUAAGGAACAAAAGCAUGAAGACAGACAGAGCAAUACACCUUCUCCUCCAGUUAGUACCUUCUCAUCAGGUACUUCUACCACCAGUGAUAUCGAAGUUUUAGAUCAUGAAAGUGUAAUAAGUGAGAGCUCAGCAAGUUCGAGACAAGAGACUACAGAUUCAAAAUCAAGUCUUCACUUAAUGCAGACGUCUUUUCAGCUUCUCUCAGCAUCUGCUUGUCCUGAAUAUAAUCGUUUAGAUGAUUUCCAAAAACUCACUGAGAGUUGCUGCUCAUCUGAUGCUUUUGAAAGAAUAGACUCGUUUAGUGUACAGUCAUUAGAUAGCCGUAGUGUAAGCGAAAUCAAUUCAGACGAUGAAUUGUCAGGCAAGGGAUAUGCUUUAGUACCUAUUAUAGUUAAUCCUUCAACUCCAAAGACUAAAAUAGUUGAAUCUGUUGAAGGAAAAUCUGAAGAAGUAGUAAAUGAAACAUUAAUUAUACCUACUGAGGAAGCAGAAAUGGAAGAAAGUGGACGAAGUGCAACUCCUGUUAAUUGUGAACAGCCUGAUAUCUUGGUUUCUUCUGCACCAAUGAAUGAAGGACAUACUGUCUUAGACAAGGUGGCUGAGGAGGGUGAAGCUGCGGAAAGUCAGCCAGAAGCGCUUUCUGAGAAAGAUGUUUGCAAGACAGUUGAAUUUCUGAAUGAGAAACUGGAUAAAAGGGAGGCCCAGUUAUUAUCUCUUAGUAAAGAAAAAGCACUUCUAGAAGAAGCUUACGAUAAUCUGAAAGAUGAAAUGUUCAGAGUGAAAGAAGAAAGCAACAACAUUUCUUCCUUGAAAGAUGAGUUUACUCAAAGAAUUGCAGAAGCAGAAAAGAAAGUUCAGCUAGCCUGCAAAGAGAGAGAUGCUGCUAAAAAGGAAAUCAAAAAUAUAAAAGAAGAACUUGCCACUAGACUAAAUAGUAGUGAAACUGCAGACCUUUUGAAAGAGAAAGAUGAGCAGAUCCGAGGGUUAAUGGAAGAAGGAGAAAAACUUUCAAAACAGCAGCUGCAUAAUUCUAACAUCAUUAAGAAAUUAAGGGCUAAAGACAAGGAAAAUGAAAAUAUUAUUGCAAAACUGAGCAAAAAAGUUAAAGAGCUAGAAGAAGAGUUGCAACAUUUAAAACAGGUGCUUGAUGGCAAAGAAGAGGUUGAGAAACAACACAGAGAAAAUAUUAAAAAACUAAAUUCUGUGGUAGAACACCAAGAGAAGGAUCUUGGCCGACUUCAGGUAGACAUGGAUGAACUUGAAGAAAAGAACCGAAGUAUUCAGGCUGCUCUUGAUAGUGCAUACAAAGAACUUACUGAUCUCCACAAAGCCAAUGCUGCAAAGGAUAGUGAGGCACAGGAAGCUGCUCUAAGUCGUGAAAUGAAAGCUAAAGAAGAACUUUCUGCAGCGCUAGAGAAGGCCCAAGAAGAAGCCCGUCAGCAGCAAGAAACAUUAGCAAUUCAAGUGGGGGACCUUAGGCUGGCACUGCAACGUGCAGAACAAGCAGCUGCCAGAAAAGAGGAUUAUUUACGUCAUGAGAUCAGUGAACUCCAACAGAGACUCCAGGAAGCAGAGAAUAGAAACCAAGAACUGAGUCAAAGUGUUUCAUCAACAACAAGACCAUUGCUUCGACAGAUAGAAAAUUUGCAAGCAACUCUAGGAUCCCAGACAUCGUCGUGGGAGAAGUUGGAGAAGAGUCUUUCUGAUAGGCUUGGUGAAUCCCAGACCUUGUUGGCAGCAGCAGUAGAAAGAGAACGUGCGGCUACAGAAGAACUCCUUGCCAACAAAAUUCAGAUGUCUUCCAUGGAAUCACAGAAUUCUCUCUUAAGACAGGAAAACAGUAGAUGUCAGGCCCAGCUAGAAUCAGAGAAAAAUAGGCUAAGAAAACUGGAAGAUGAAAAUAAUAGGUACCAGAUUGAAUUAGAAAACCUAAAAGAUGAAUAUGUAAGAACACUUGAAGAGACAAGGAAAGAAAAGACACUGUUGAAUAGUCAGUUAGAAAUGGAGAAAAUGAAAGUGGAACAAGAAAGGAAGAAAGCAAUUUUCACUCAAGAAGCAAUAAAAGAAAAGGAUCGGAAGCCAUUUUCUGUUUCUAGCACUCCCACGAUGUCCCGCUCGAGUUCAAUAAGUGGAGUUGAUAUGGCAGGGCUACAGACAUCUUUCAUGUCUCAGGAUGAGCCUCAUGAUCACUCAUUUGGACCAAUGUCUGUAUCGGCAAAUGGAAGCAAUCUUUAUGAUGCUGUAAGGAUGGGAGCAGGAUCAAGCAUUAUCGAAAAUCUACAGUCUCAGUUAAAGCUAAGGGAAGGAGAAAUUACUCAUUUACAGCUAGAAAUCAGCAAUCUAGAAAAAACUCGCUCAAUAAUGGCUGAAGAGCUAGUUAAAUUAACAAAUCAAAAUGAUGAACUUGAAGAGAAAGUGAAGGAGAUACCCAAACUUCGAACUCAGCUACGAGAUUUGGAUCAAAGAUACAACACUAUUCUGCAGAUGUAUGGAGAAAAAGCAGAAGAGGCAGAAGAACUUCGAUUAGAUCUUGAAGAUGUAAAAAAUAUGUAUAAGACUCAAAUAGAUGAACUUUUAAGACAAAGGCUCAGUUAACUUCUGAAAAUUACAUUCCUAUCAAACUGAAUGUAAACAUUUAAUAUCUAAAGGCAGACUUCCAAUAAAUUCUUUUAUAGAAUUAGAAAGUAGAAUUUACUGUAGAGUUCAAAAAUUGAAAAAAUAAUUGUUUUAUAGUAUAGUAAUAUUUGCAGUUAAAUUAUUUUGUGCAAUAUUUGAACUUUAUUUUUGAAACUAUUCUUUAAAAAUUUAUUUUUUAAAGUGUUCUUUUUUUUUUUUUGCCUUGACUAGCACAGAGAUUUAUUACUUUAUCUUCAUAUCAAUAUGGUUAGGGAAGGAGAAUGAUGUUCAUAUAUGUAUUGUAGAUAUAUAACUAAUUGUAUCUAUAAUUUGUAUGUGUUUGUAUAUAUUGAAAACAUUUAAAGAAUGAUAUUAACAUAUUGAAACUUUGAAAUCUUUCACACAACUCUUUAAUGUAUCUAAUUACUACUCAUGAAAAUGGACAUUAAGUGAUCAAGUAAAAAAAUUAUUAAACUUGCAGUUAUUACAUUUUGAACUAAUUUUUUUUCUUUUAAAGUAGAGGUCACACUGACACUGUCUGAAGUUUAAAGGGUGAAUAAUUUAAACUUUAAAAUUUUGUGGUCUGAAUAUUUAUUUCCCCCAGAUUCCAUGAUUAAGUCUGUACAAAUUUUGGUACCUAUCUUGAGAAAGCUGUAGCUAUUCAAAGUUAUCUAGGCAUAAUUGAUAGUGGAAAAAAUUUACUUAUAAUGAUUUUGUGUUGGUAUCAGUAAGAUUUAGGUGAUUUUGAAAAGGUAUUGUUUUACUACCUUAUAAAACGAAUCAAAAGUAAUAAAAUUAUUAACAUAAUUUUCUCUUUAAAAAUUUUUCACAUUUUGUAAAGCUUUAUUUUUGGCACAUUAAAAAUGAAUGUUUGAUAUUACAGAAUAUUCGUAACAAAAUAGAGAAAUUAUGGGAGUUAAUUUAAAUUUGGCAUUUGCAAUUCUGUGUAAUUUAUCAUUUUAUUUUUUUCUUGAACCUUUAAACACAAAAAUAGGGUGGAAUAGCUUUAAAAAAUAGCUAUGCUUUCUUCCAACUGUUUGUUCAAAAUUAACUGGGCUAUGUUUUAGACUUGUGAAAUAUUUUGAUACAUUUUAUUACUGAAAGUCAUUUGGCUGCCUUUACUUGCAAAUUAAAACUCUCAUUUAAUUUUUAGUUGAAUUUUAAACACUAUAACUUUGAAAUAUAGUUACAAGUAAGCCAUGUUGAUGAAUUUGGAAUGCUUUUCAGGGCAAUUCAAGUGACCUCAUUUUAGUUCUUUUUGUAUUCCAGACAGUAUUUCUGUCGUGGGAUCUCUGAUUUGUAGCAUUAAUAAAUAUUCUUUCAAUGUGAGCCAAAUUCAUAAAAUUAAUUUUCUGUAUUUUAGUGGUAAGAAAACAGUGUAAUAGCUUUUUGUCAGCUUGAUUUUUUUUUUUUUUUUAAUAUUCAGGGGCUGACAGACAAGACUGAUAGCAAUAAGAAAUGUACAGAAUCAGAAAAUAAUAGGAAAUUUAAAUGUAGGAAGCUUGCUAAAUUCUUUCAAGCGUUUGCAACUAGAAGUUUAGGAAUUAUGAAAUUGUUCUUUCAAAAUAUCCAUUAGUGAGAAAAAAAAGUUGUAGAGAAAAGAUUGAAAUAAAACUCGUAUACCUUUCAAUUUCAUAAUAUUAAACAUUCUCUUUUCUUAAUUCUUAUUAACAUUAAUAAAAUGAAUUCAACUUAAAAUUUUAAAGUGUUUUCAAUUUAUUUAAUUUAAAAAUGACAAGCAGCUAUUAAAGUCUCAGGCUGUAUAUUACCAUAUGUUAUUCACCGACAAAUUAAAAAUCGUAUUCAUACUGAUCUUAUUUUGAUUAUUAUACACUUAGAUCUCUCAAUACAUUUAUAAAUUGAGAAGCUGUGCUGAAUCAGUUUCUUGAAAAACUCUAAGUGGCAGAGUUAUUGAUUACUAUAUUUUGCUGUUUGUCAUUAAAACUUCUCUAUCCAUAUUCUAGUAAAAUAGUGUUUCUCUCUUAAUGGAUAAGAAAUAGUUUGCAAUUAGAUGUUUCCAUUCUUGAAAGAAAACAGGAAAAUACUACAAAUCCUAACAAUUUCAAGAAUAUAAAAAAAGGGUAGAAGAGGUGUGAACAUUGUUGUUUUAUAGAUCAGCAAUUAAGCACAGACUAUAGGUGUCCUUCCACCUCUUGUGAAGCUAAAUUGAGACGACCAUUUCUUUCUUUUCCUUUGCCUCCUUUUUGAGACCUUCCAGUUUUACAGUGCUUAGCAUAUGGGAAUGUAUCAAAUAUAUCUAUAUUGUGAUUUAAGAUAUUCUAAAUAUGAAUAAUUUCUGACCUACUGAAACAUGAGUUUUUGUAGUUAAGUGAAAAGAAUGUUCAGGAAAAUUUUUUUCUCAUGAUCUCUCAAUUGGCAUUUGAUUUAUUAAUUGAAAUUUUCAUUAGAAUGCUUAUUAAAAGUAUAUGAUUUAUAGUAUUUAGAAAAUAGCCACGAGAAAAAAGAAAAUAACUAGAUAUUUUAUCUUGUUUCACUAUUUAGUAUGUAUGCGUUUAUGUUCUAACGUAUCAUAAUUUUUCAUCUUCAUUUUCUAAAAAAUUAAUUUCCCCUCUCCUAUUCAGUUUUAAACUAUAACAACUAAUUUCAUAUUUUGUAAAGGGCUAAAACG